AUGAAUCGAAUAACGGAAGGACAAAAUUUGAAUGAGUCCAAAAAUUACUCUAAUUAUAGUCAAGAUGAUUCAGUGUAUUAUAGAUUUUUUCUACUUGUUCAACACAUUUUUUUCAAAAUAUUCGGAUUGUCGCCGUGGGCAAUAGACUUUUCUGAAAUAUUUAACAGAAACCGCAAAGCUGGAAAUCGAAAUUUCCAGUGGAAUUUUUCAUAUAUUGGAUCAUUUUAUAAUAUUCUGUUAUCUUUAGUUGUUUCUUCAUUAAGUCUUUAUAGACUAUUUGGCAAACUAAUAGGAUGGACUCUUUAUAACUCACUAUUGGUAUCAACUGUAGUAGAAUUUUUGUAUUUUACUUUACUCUGUACAAAUUUUAUUCUCCUUAUUUAUGUAUUUCGUCAGAAAUUAUUAACGAGUGUCAACAACAGAUUCAAAAUUGUUGACGAAGUGUUAAAUAAGUGCGCAGAUUAUGAAAUCGAGAAGAAUUGCACCAAUGAUUUAAUAUUUGCCGUUAAUUUUUUUACAACUAUUUGCCUAAUAAUAAUAAUGGAUCUGUUUUACUCUCCAUCAUUGAGCGUUUUUUUCGAAAAUUUACCAGCCGUGAUUAGCGGUGCAGUAGUAAUACAAUAUACGAUGCUGCUCAAUAGAGUUGACAUUAGGUUCAGAAGUAUAAAUUCAACUAUUUCGAAAUUAGUUACAUUAAAAUCUAAUGAAACUCAAACACACAUAUCUUCUGUGACACUAAAAGUACUUUCCCGCGAAUCAGUUCUCAAUGACGUCGACAAUCUAAAAUUCGCUUUCAUGGAGUUGAGAGACAUGUGUCAAGAUACUGCUGAUUUUUAUGGAAUACCUAUUUUAAUUGUCAUUUUUUGUUUUGCUGUAAGAACUAUCUCUACUGUGUACUUUAUAAUAUUGUCAUUUUUCAAUGUACCGACUAUAAACAUGGUGUGGCAUGUGGAUGGAAUCCGAUUGAUGUGGGCUACUUUACUAUUUACUACGUUAACUACCAGUGCUACUAGACUCAUGAAACAGAAUAGAAAACUGGGAAAAACGAUAAAUUUGCUGACGGAUCAGCAUUCAAUGGAUGAGAAAAUAAUCACUAAAUUAUCGAAAUUUUCAAGUGAUCUCUGGCAUUUAAAGAUUGAAUUGACUGCUUGCGAUAUUAUACCCCUAGAUCGUACGCUUCUAGCAAUCAUUACCGGUACUUUGGCAACUUAUCUCGUAAUCGGCGUGCAAUUUGCUCUUAAUUCACCAUCUCAUCAAAAAAACAAUGAUUUAUAAAAGUGUUUUUCCGUGUGGUCAUUUGCCCAAUAGAUAUUUAGAAAUAAAAAUUUUGUAUUCAAUCACACAAUAAUUUCAUUGAUUAUUUCCAAAAUUUCUAAAUGAUCGCUAAGAUUCAAAAUUUGAAUUCAAAACCUACGAUAUUUUAUCACUAGAUCGCGUUAUUCGGGAUUUGUGAAGUAAACAUAAAAAAUUGAUUAUUUCCUGGCCUUGCAUGUGGCUCCUAUAAUAGGGUACUUUACUGUAAAUAUCAACAAACAAUUGUCACACAGCAAAAUAUAUGCAACUAUGAUUACAAAAAAAAAAAAAAAAGUAAAAUCUAGAUAUAGAAACGAACAACACGCUCGUGCUACUCAUCAGUAGUUAUCGUGACACUGCGAAGUAAACACUUGGGUCUGACGCAUUAAUGGAGUUCAAUAUAAAUAAUAAUAAUGGAAGGAAUAAAUUUGAGCAGGUCAAAAAAAAAAUUAAAUAGUCAAGAUGAUUCAGUGUAUUACCGAUAUUUCAUACUUUUUCACUACAUUUUUUUCAAAACAAUUGGAUUGUUACCAUGGACGAUGGAAACUUCCGGAAUAUUCCGCGGAAACCGCGAAGUUGAAAAUCGAAAUUUUGAUUGCUAUUUUUCAUACCUUGGUUCUUGUUACAGUAUUUUGACAUUUGUAGUCUAUGUUUCAUUUGAUAUUUUAGUUGUAUUAAAUAUUUCAUUAACUGAAAUCGGUUUGAAUCCAUCAUUAGACUUAAUAUCGAUAAAACUCUCGUUUAUUACGAUCAUGUGCACAAGUUUAGUUAUAUUAAUUUACAUUUUUCGGCAAAAAUUGUUAAUAAGUGUUAACAAGCGAUCUAAAAGUGUUGAUCAGCAAUUAAGUAAAUGUGCAGAUUACCAACUAGAAAUUAAUAAUAGCAAUUAUUUGAUCUUUGCUGUUAAUUCCGUUUUGAUUAUAAGCUCAAUAAUAACGAGACAAAUUCAUUAUAAAUCAUUUAUUUUAGUUUUAACUGUCGGCUUUCCAUAUUUUAUCGGUAGUUGGGUGAUAAUACAAUACUCGUUCUUAUUAAACAUGAUAAGAACCAGAUUCAAAAGUAUCAAUUUGACGCUUUCGAAAUUAGGAACUUCUGAAAGCAAAAUAUCGCUAUCACGUGAGUCAGUUAUUGAUGACAUUGACGUGAUUAAAAGGGCGUAUGUAGAAUUAUGUGGAAUGUGUGAAGAUAUUGGAGAUUUUUAUGGGUUGCCCAUAUUGAUUAUUAUUAUAAGUCUGUGUGUUAGAAGUAUUUUGAAUCUGUACAACACAAUUUUAGUUCUAAUUAACAUACAAAAAGCUGGCACUAUUAUGUACCAGUAUGGAAUAUCCUUAUCACGAAUUAUCUUUUUAUUCAUGGUAAUGACUAGUUUUAUAACUGAAAUAAUGAAACAGAUUAAAAAAACCGCUAGGAUUAUAAAUUUACUUAUCGAUCGAUAUUCAGCCGAUGAGAAAAUCAGAAAAAAGUUGGAAAAAUUUUCACGUGACCUCUGGCAUCUGACCAUUGACUUCACUGCUUGUGAUAUCAUCCCACUAGAUCGUACCCUCCUAGCAAUAGUAAAUAUCGUGACCACUUUUAAAGUUAUCAUGCUCACAAUCUCCAAUAAAAAAAAUAGCAAUAGUGACACCGCAAAGUUAACACUUCGGUCUGACACAUUAACGGAAUAA